AGUCACUCCAUCAAGCUGAAAACAACCAUCACCUUCCGGGUCCCCUCAUCACUUUUCCCAACGCAUCUGCCAGUCAGGUCUUCUUUCGAGGAUACCCUCGCUCUGUAAAUUUCUUUCUUUCUCUUCAUUCUCUUAUUCUAACUUUGCAUCUGGGUGCACCAUGCCUCUGCCGGAUGAGAGACCUCGUCAGAGCGUUGCAAAUCUCAUCGGACGUUUUGAGCAGCAGAACAAACGCCAGUCGUCUUCUGCUGCAUCUGCGAUCCCGCGUAGCUCCAGCGUCUCCUCACAAGUUGCCGGUGAUUCCGCGAAGGAAGAAACAAAGGAGAAGAGGGAGUGGCCACCUAAAUAUGUGGCAUCUGCGAAUGUGGAUAAAAGCGCGCUCACACCGUCCUCUUCCUCUUCCGUCACUCAGAACAAGUCGCCACCCACGAGCCCUCAGCCCAUGACAGAGAAGCCGGCAGAGACUAUCACGGCCGCACCUGCCUCCCCGGAGCCUGUCAAGCCACCCGCAGUGAAGAAGCUAGUCUCUGGAAAGGCUACUCCCACUUUCGGGUCUCGGACGAACCACCCGACUUCACCUGCAAAACCACGCCCCUCUACCGCGUCUGUCAAAUCUCCAGUGAAGUCACCACCUAAAUCUUCGCUUUCUUCAUCGGUCUCUCAACCCAUUAAGCCACAGCACACAGGACAAUCAGUCACUUCCAAUACCUCCACUGUUCGUAGCCCCCCCAAAUCAGUUCCUAAAUCCACACCCUCCACUCCUUCUCGACCGAAAACGCCCGCCGCGCAUGCGGCCAAUCUAUCUCGUCCAAAGACGCCUUCCUCGGGUUUGUUUGCACCCACAGCAGCAUCUCUUGCACGCUCUCGUAAUGCCCUUCCACCCGCUCCUCCGCCAGUAAAGAAGGCGACAUUAAGCAGCAGCGCAGCAGAACGAUUGAGCAAGCCUACUGCUGCUUCCAUGUCAAAGGCGCGCGCUCCUCCUCCGGCGGCCAGUCCCAUACGUACCGUCAAAUCUACCUCUGCAAGUCCCGCUCCCCGCGGCCCGUCAAAACUCAGAGUAGGAUUAGCACCUGCAAGGAUGAAGGAAGCGAAAGCACAGGAGGCUGCUACCAAGGCUGCUACCAACGAUGUUGACCAUGAACUCAAUGAUCUGGAGAGCGGAUUUGCUGAGAAUGGGCAUGAACCGGAGGAAGCCGUGAUUUCAGAAGGAGGCACCGAUUUGCACGAUGAAGUUCGCGAUCAGGUCGACGAGGUACCGGUCGUGGAGGAAGUUGUGGAGAGUGUCGUGGAAGCCACCCCAGAUCCCGAGGCAACACAUGUGGAGGUUCAGGUUGACGCGAUGGUGGUGGUCGAUGUUCCCCAAGUUGCCGAGCCUGAAGUGCAUUUCGAAGCUCUAGUGGAAGAGUCACUGUCCCAUGGGAAUGACAACUCCAAUGGUUCAGUUGAGUCCCAAGAGGUCGCACCUGCUACAGAAGAGACUGCGCACAGCCCAGUGUCUGAGGAGGUUCCUGCAGUUGGCAAUGACAUUGAAGACAUGGUGGUCAUGCUGGAGAGUGUCUCUUUAUCGAAUCACCGACCCCACAGCAUCCCCAGCAUCCCGGAUGAGCAUGGAGAAAUUCCUGAUGAGGAUCAGUCGUAACGAUCUAGGCCCACCAUCAUGAAGCAUUGUAAAUGAAUCCGUCGACUAUCGUGUGCAUAUGGUUGAUGAGGUCUUUCUCAAUACAUUCGUUUAGUGGUUCCGCAUUGCCGAUUCUGACCUUUCUUCCUUCUUAUUGUGCUCUGACAUUCUGCUUUGCUGCCUUCUCGCCUUCUGCCCUGAAUUUUCUUACUGCAUCGCCGCUGCAGCUGGCGCGUGUUGUUAUGCAUCAUCACAUCCAUUUCGUUACUUUCGUUAACGUCCCUCCCGAGCGCAUCCAUUUCUACAUUACAUUUGGCUCCGGGAUACAGUAUACCCUGACUCCCGCACAUACAAUUUGAGGAACAAAUCGAAAUUGCAAUGUCACAUUUCGCCGAGAGCAUAUAUGAAUGGUCCAC